CUUUCUUCCCUUCUCUCUCACGCUCUCACGCAGUUCUCUCUUCUCUUCUCACUCCGCAGAAGAGAGAGAAAUAUCCCAACACACUCCCAAUCCCAAUCUCUAUCUAUCCUUCUUCAUCCCUAACCUUUCCUUCCUCUCUCUCUCUUCCUCUCUAUCUCGUAAAGUUCUCCUUUUUGGUUCUUUUGAGCCCUCAGAUUCGCUCGUCGAAUCUAUCGUCUCUUUUUUAUUCAUCUGACGGCGGAGAUUUCAUCUCGAAGCGAGAGAUCCUGAGGUAUGCAGCAAGGUGAUCAGACGGUGAUUAGCUUGAGGCCUGGUGGUGGUCGAGGCGGCGGCUCCGGCGGUGGUAGCAGGUUCCUUGCUCCUCGAUUCGACUCCUCCUCUUCUGCUUCCUCCACGACUUCUGCCUCCCUUGCCUUCGGCGAUCUUCCUCUCCUCCGCCCCCAUGGCGGCGCUUCUUCAGCGUUCUCCAUCAAGGCUGGAGAUUCACGAUUUGAGGGUCGCGAGCGGGUGCGUUAUACCAGGGAUCAGCUUUUACAGCUCCGAGAGGCUGUUCAAAUCCCCGAUGAUAUUUUGAAGAUCAAACAAGAUAUUGAAGCUGAACUUUUUGGUGAGGAUCAAAAUCAAAGUUGGGGACGCUCGGAGAACAACCCUCCACCUCAAUUUCAAAAUAGAUACUCUGAACCUGACAAUCGUGACUGGCGUGGCCGGUCUGGGCAGCCUCCUCCUGCAAAUGCUGAUGAGAGGUCCUGGGAUAAUCUCAGGGACAGGGAGAAUAGGGAGUUUGGCAAUACUAGUCAGGUUAAUCGUCAAGACCAACUGAAUUCUCAGUUUGCAAGGGCACACAUCUCAUCUAACCAAGUGGGAGGACCUUCUCCUACUCUGGUCAAGGCUGAGGUGCCAUGGUCCGCUAGAAGGGGAAGUCUCUCUGAAAAGGAUCGUGUCCUGAAGACUGUUAAAGGAAUACUAAAUAAGUUGACUCCUGAGAAAUUUGAUCUUCUAAAGGGUCAGUUGAUUGAUGCAGGCAUAACAUCAGCUGACAUACUCAAGGGGGUCAUUUCGCUUAUAUUUGAUAAGGCAGUGCUAGAGCCAACAUUUUGCCCCAUGUAUGCUCAGCUCUGUUCUGAUCUUAAUGAAAAGCUGCCUCCUUUCCCAUCAGAUGAACCUGGUGGGAAAGAAAUCACUUUUAAGCGAGUACUCUUGAAUAUCUGCCAGGAGGCGUUUGAAGGUGCAGAUAAGCUGAGGGAAGAACUUAGGCAAAUGACUGCUCCUGAUCAAGAGAUGGAGCGCCGUGACAAGGAGAGACUUGUCAAGCUUCGUACCCUUGGAAACAUCCGCUUAAUUGGAGAGCUGCUGAAGCAAAAAAUGGUUCCAGAAAAGAUUGUCCAUCACAUUGUUCAGGAGCUUCUAGGACCUCCUGACAGCAAGAUCUGUCCAGCUGAGGAAAAUGUUGAAGCUAUAUGUCAAUUUUUCAACACCAUUGGUAAGCAGCUCGAUGAAAGUCCAAAAUCACGGCGGAUAAAUGAUAUUUACUUCAACCGGUUGAAAGAGUUGAGCACAAACUCCCAACUUGCACCACGUCUGAGGUUCAUGGUUCGUGACGUUCUAGAUUUGCGUUCUAAUAACUGGGUUCCAAGACGUGAAGAGGUGAAAGCUAAGACCAUCACUGAAAUUCAUUCCGAGGCCGAAAAGAAUCUUGGUCUGCGUCCAGGUGCUACUGCAAGUAUCAGAAAUCCCCGUGGUGUAGUUUCUGGUGUUCCUGGAAAUACCAACCCUGGGGGCUUCCCCAUUGCCCGACCUGGCACUGGGGGCUUGAUGCCUGGGAUGCCUGGGACAAGGAAGAUGCCUGGGAUGCCUGGAAUUGAUAAUGAUAAUUGGGAGAUGCCUAGGACUAGAUCAAUUCCUAGAGGUGACAUUUCAGGUGCUCAAACUGCAGGACGUGGCCAGUCUCCUAUGUUUUCCAAGUCAUCAACCCUGAGCUCUAAGUAUCUACCUCAAGGAAGUGCUGGUCUUAUGAGAAAUAGUGCCUUAGUGCAUGGAGGGGGUGGACCUCCUGCUCGUCCAUCAAAUUAUGGUUUUGGUUCUGAGCCUGCACCUCAGGUCGCUUCACCUGUUAAAGCCGCUCCUCCCGCUGUGUCCUCUGAGAAAGCACAGGCUCCAGUUGUAAAAUCGGAUACUGCUGAUCUUCACCGGAAAACAGUGUCUCUUCUGGAAGAAUAUUUCAGUGUUCGCCUCUUGGACGAGGCACUGCAGUGUGUGGAGGAACUAAAAUCACCUGCUUACCACCCAGAGUUUGUCAAGGAAGCCAUUUCUCUUGCUCUGGAUAAAAGCCCACCCUGCGUUGAACCUGUUGCCAAUCUUAUCGAGUAUCUUUUGAUGAAGAAGAUCCUUGUGCCUAGAGACAUAGGAACUGGUUGCUUGUUAUUUGGUUCAAUGAUUGAUGAUAUUGGCAUAGACUUGCCUAAAGCACCAAACAAUUUUGGGGAGAUAAUAGGAAGACUGAUUUUGGCUGGAGGUUUGGACUUUAAGGUGGUGAGGGAGGUACUUAAGAAGGUGGAAGACGACCGGUUCCAGAAAGUAAUAUUCGACAGCGCUAUGCAUGUCAUCAGCUCUGCAUCCGGGCAAGCAGUGUUAGAAUCACAAGCGUCGGAUAUUGACGCAUGCCGGGGACUGUUCCAGUGAAACCUGAUGGGGAUUAUGCAUGACCAAAUUGUGUAUCUGGACGAACAUCUCUUCCCUGUUUCACUACUUUCAAGUUCCCAACCCUUUUUACGCUCACACUUGAGUUAAAGAGCAUUUUGUAUUGCACUAUGUUAUAAAAGUGGAGUUUCAAUUAUCAGGUAUUUUCCAUCAAGUUGUAUAAUUUUGAUUUUGGUCUUUUUGGGGAUGUCGUAGAGGUGUUUAUUUGUUGAGGGAACAGUCAAAACCAUAAAUUCUACGGAUUUUGUUUCUCCUAGAGAAAAUGGCCCAUUACAGGGUCCAAAUGUUUUUUGUAUUUCAUUAGUUUCCAUUUUAUUUUUAAUUUUCUUUACAAGAGUAAUUGUUAAACUCGUCAGUUCAUAAAUAUCAUUGUCGUUAUUUCCUCC